CAGCAAGGACAGCACCUGUGAUUUAGCGGGAGAUAUCGUUUCUGAUUCUGAUUCUACUGUAUCAAAUGCAAAUAUGUCUGGGUCUGGAAGAUUGCGAGACUUGUCAUGCUAGGCUGGCAUGACUCUGAAUUCUGUAUUGCGUGGCCGCAAAGACUUCCUCUUGCCUGUCAUGCAAAAACGCAGUUUCUCAUGUGGGGUACGCAACUCAGAACCAUCGAAAAACUUGUCAUGCUUGGCAGCGCAUUAGAGUUCUCUCCGUAUUCCCUUCCUUGCAUCACAAUUUCCCAGACCCAGACAGAUUUGCAAUCCAUACACUGCGGUUGCUGCGCCGUUGACGUUAUUGAAGAGGGUCGGAGGAUCAGCGUCGUCGUCUUCUGGAAGUGUUACUGUGAAAGACCUAGCAGUUGCGAAGAUGGAGGAGCAACGAGCAGCUGCAGCGGAAGGACAGAACACUUGCACAACUCCGUCUUCUGUAGUGCCUCUACCUGCAACACAGAACAACGCAGCAAAGCCAACCACUGCCACUGCACCAAAAUUCCCUUCUUCACCAUUCCCCAAAAAUCCCGCGGCCAUGGCCGCCGCCGCAGAAGCAUCAUUCCCUCCUCCCAGGCCAGCACCGCCCCGCGGCGGCAGCUUUGAACGGACAAUCGAGAUUCUGCCGAGGUUGACCUACGGCAUCGACGGUGCGUUUGGGGUCAGGGCGAAG